UGGCCCUCCACUAGUUUUUGACAACAACGACUCUGUCGACAAUGUUCACAUCGUGACUAUUGGCCCCAAAACUGACAUAACUUACUAUUUGUCCGUUGCCUUUUUAUUCUUUGAAGCUAUACAUCAUGGAGCCGUCUGCGCCCAAAAGCAAGCUGAAAAAGCUGAGUGAGGACAGUCUAACCAAACAACCAGAGGAAGUGUUUGAUGUUCUAGAGAAGCUUGGUGAAGGUUCCUAUGGCAGUGUGUUCAAAGCCAUCCAUAAGGAGUCAGGCCAGGUGGUGGCCAUAAAGCAGGUCCCUGUGGAGUCUGAUCUGCAGGAAAUCAUCAAGGAGAUUUCCAUCAUGCAACAGUGUGACAGCCCUUAUGUAGUGAAGUACUAUGGCAGCUACUUCAAGAACACAGACCUGUGGAUUGUCAUGGAGUACUGCGGCGCUGGGUCUGUCUCUGACAUUAUCAGGCUGCGCAAUAAAACGCUGACAGAGGAUGAGAUUGCUACCAUCCUGAAGUCCACAUUGAAGGGUCUUGAAUACCUCCACUUCAUGAGAAAGAUCCAUCGGGACAUCAAGGCAGGAAACAUCCUUCUCAACACUGAGGGACAUGCCAAACUGGCAGAUUUCGGAGUAGCUGGACAACUAACGGACACCAUGGCAAAGAGAAACACUGUGAUCGGUACUCCAUUCUGGAUGGCCCCAGAGGUGAUUCAGGAGAUUGGCUACAACUGUGUGGCUGACAUCUGGUCCCUGGGCAUCACUUCUAUAGAGAUGGCAGAAGGAAAACCUCCCUACGCUGACAUCCAUCCCAUGAGAGCGAUCUUCAUGAUCCCCACCAACCCUCCUCCAACAUUCAGAAAGCCCGAGCUUUGGUCCGACGAAUUCACAGACUUUGUCAAGAAGUGUCUGGUGAAGAAUCCAGAGCAGAGAGCGACUGCCACCCAGCUCCUACAGCACCCAUUCAUCAGCCAGGCCAAGCCAGUCACAAUUUUGAGAGACCUGAUAACUGAAGCCAUGGAGAUGAAAGCCAAAAGGCAGCAGGAGCAGCAGCGAGAACUGGAGGAGGAGGACGACAACUCUGAGGAAGAGACUGAGGUGGACUCUCAUACUAUGGUGAAGUCGGGCUCAGAGGGCGCAGGGACCAUGAGGGCCACCAGCACCAUGAGUGACGGAGCACAGACCAUGAUCGAACACAGCAGCACCAUGUUAGAGUCAGACCUGGGCACUAUGGUCAUCAACAGUGAUGAUGAAGAGGAAGAGGAAGACCAGGGAUCCAUGAGGAGGCACGCCACCCCCCAGCAGCCCAUACGUCCAUCUUUCAUGGACUAUUUUGACAAGCAGGACUCCAACAAGGCAGCCCAGCAGCAGGAGAACUACAACCACAACCAGCCACAGGAGCAGCCCGGCUACCACAUCCAGUCCAAGAACGUCUUCCCUGACAACUGGAAGGUCCCACAGGACGGGGACUUUGACUUUUUGAAGAACCUAGACUUUGAGGAGCUACAGAUGCGCCUGAGUGCCUUGGAUCCCAUGAUGGAGCGGGAGAUCGAGGAGCUCAGACAGCGCUACACUGCCAAGAGGCAGCCCAUCCUGGAUGCAAUGGAUGCGAAGAAGAGAAGACAACAGAACUUCUAAGUGAUCCUCCCUGUCGCCCUCAUGCCCUGGUCUGGGUUUCAAAGCCACUAUUACCACAAACCCUAUGUCCUAAUGACUCAGAGGAACUAGAAUGACCUUAUUGUCUUUGUUGGAAGUCGACUGGAAGUCUGACUGACUGCUAACUGGCCUCUGUCUGAAGAGAGAUGCUUCUUUUCCUGGGUAACAUCCAUUUUGGCUCCUGGAAUCCACAAUUACAAGCCUUGUUUCUACACAAUUUAAACCUUAAAUUUGAUUCUACUGUUCCUGUAAAGUUCCUUCUCCACAAAUGUUGUUCAAGACUGCGGCCAAAGAGAGAACCGAGCCUUGGUGAUUGCACAUCUGAAAGUCGCAAAAUUAACUUCCUCUCUUCCAAAUGAAAUUCCCCUCACAUAGAAAGACCCUCUGGGAAUCACCGUCAAAACAUAAGGAAGGACAUCUACCAUGACAACCAGGCCAGCAUUUCACCUAGUUUCUGGAAGCAGCAGUGUGGUCAAUGAUAAGUGGUCUUUUUUCCCUCAGACAUUUUUAGUUUCACUGUAAAUAUAAUAUAGAGCCUAGUUUGGAAAUACCUGCAACAAAAAGCUGUGGAGGUUCGUCCAUGACCAAAGACAAUCAAAGUGACGUAGAUUCAGUUGAGAAUGCCUUAAAAAUAUUUGAAACCUGGUUUUCAAAAUAAGCAAUGUAAUAAAACAACCAAGUUGUCAGAGGGUUAAAUCCCUCCUCACUUGGAGAGAUGAGUUGGACUGUGGAAAGCUGCAAGUGUUUGUCAGAGUGGACAGAUUGGAUGGUGAAGAGUGGAUCCUGCAUGUUUUCAAUUGUUUGUGGACCAGAAAAUUCUACACUCAUUUCUCUAGUCUUUAUUCUCAUUUAUUUAAUUUUGUUGUUUCCAAAUAUGAUGUUCUGGGCUUCUUGAUAUUUCCAAUGUACUGUCCAUAUCGACAGACACCAUGCAUCUUAGUGCCUCAUAACACACACCUGUCCCUCACUGAGCAUGCACUCGCCCACUCCUGAGCCACUUUUUCUUUUCAAUGCAAUAGUUGUCACAGAAAUUCAUUCCCAAAGCAAAAGCAUUCCUAAAUACUGAAUGACUAUUAUUUUAAUCUCUCUGUGGUCUUUAAAAACCCUGUAUGACUUUCUGAAACGUCUAAGCCAGAUGUCGAGCCGUAUCAAUUCAGGGCUCCGUGAAGAAAGUAGCCAGGUAUUACUUGCCAUAUUGACUGUUCAUAGCUGUAGUUCACUUCAGGAGAUAAAAGACUUAAGUGAUUGACUGAUACUGUUCACUUAAGUAAAGCAAAGCCGCUGCAUCAGCCACACAUCUUUAGAUAAUUAUUUUGUAUUGCAUUAAAAUCUCUUUUCAGCAAAUUACCCUGCAGCUUAUAUAUAUAUAUAUAUGUAUAUAUAUGUAUAUAUAUAUACACUCACGUGUUGUUGCUUUCCAUUUCCUGACAUUUAGAGUGUGAUGUUAUUGGUGAAGGAAUGAAAAUGUACUUUGUGCUCUGCGUGUUUUGGGACACAAACUCAUUAUUAACAGUUCAAAACUGUAUUUACACAAAAUUAUUGAGCCCAGUGAGGAAUGUGUGGUGUGAAAUUGCUCCUUCUUUGUGAAAGUGAAGGUUAGUAAGGUGUUUUUAUUCAAAUUUCUGCACUGAAGGUAACUGUCAGCACCAGCGUAUGUAAUGGCCAGUAGGUAACAAGAAAUCUUAUUACAGAAAUGUUAACGAUAUCUUUGCAAUGGGCUGAGAAACUGUAAUUAAGAAUGGAGAGAGUUGACAGGUUUAUUAUUUAACUGUAAAAGAUCCGGUUCAGCAUCUGUAUCGGCCGUAAUUCUUAAAUAACCAAAUUCAAGGGAUCUUAUCAAAUGGUUGUUUAUCCUUAAAAAAAUAUUUUUUCCUACUAUCAGAUUUUUCUCAGCUGUUAAAUAUUGAUAUCGGUCUCUGACUCAAAAAUCCAGUUUGGGCUGUAGUUCACAGGUUUGAGUGCUGAAUCGAAAACCCUUACUAACAAGCCCAUGACAUACAGUGUGUGUCAUACACAUGUGAUGUCUGCAUGAAGGAAACAAACUGCUCUUGUCUUAUAAUUUAGUUUUGUGUCGAUGUUUUGAGUUUGAUCUGUCAUGUGCUAAUAACGACCCUUUGAAUGAAUCCAGACUGUCCUUAUACUGAAUACACCUGCAGUAUGUCUGCACGUUGCUGUUACAUAUGAAAGUUAAUAUGCAGUCUUGAUGGUGUGGUUCAGCCCAUACUUACUGCAUAUUAUGUGACAUUUUACAAAUAGGAUAAUCUUAUACAUCGACCUGUUACACUAUCUUACUGUGUGUCUCAUCUGACGGAUAAUGUGGCCAAAACGAGACGACAUUUUAAACACAAAUUCAAAUUUCAAUCAGCACCAUCUCAAUGUCUGAAUGAUCAUGUUUGUACGUAUGAUUGAUUGUUUUAUUUUUCUACAUGAAGAUGAACCUGUUCUUUCACAGAAAUCAUUAACAUUCUUGCCAUGAAAUGUUUUCAUAAAUUAAGUCUGCAGUGCAUUUAGCAACUUACACACAAGCAUUCACACUCUAUUUAUUAAAUGCUUAAACUUCUUUCUUUUGGUGACACUGGUUUAAAUAUAAAAGCUGAUCUGGCUGUUAAUAUUUUAGCCCCUUGUCAAAUAUAUUUGGCUUGAUUUCUGCUUGUGUUGGACUAUGCAUGUUUAUAAUUCUGUUUGCUCUGUAGUGGAAUGCUCUUAUAUUAACUGCACAGGUAAGAGUAUUGUUAAUAUGGAGGAUGGAUUAUUUUCAGCUUUUAAUGAAAACUGCUCUGUACAGUUUUAAAAAGCCCAGUUUGAAAUAUGACGUUGUUCAGAAUCGGCCAUACUAUGUACAGUUAUCUGAAAUCACGUUUUGAUAUAUAGCAGUAUGAUUUUGUCUUCAUUUAUUUCCGCUAUAUAAUAACUUUUGAGGGUGUUGGGUGGAAUGUGAGCAUUUAUGUUUGAACCACUUAAUUUAUUAUCUUUGUUUGUAAUACUUUAUAAAGUUUUGAAAACGUGCAAGAAAUA